AUGGUGUCGCUGAAGCUUCAGAAGUGGCUCGCCGCCAGCGUCCCCAAGUGCGGCAGAGGCAAGGUCUGGCUGGACCCCAAUGAAGGCAACGAAAUCUCCAUGGCCAAUUCCAGAAUGAAGGAGGCGAAGAGAAAGGGACGCCAUUCGCCUCCUUCAUUCUGGAUACGCUUCAUGAGAGGAAAAGGCAAGGAAACAACUCUGACCUGCUCUUGUGGCAGUAAAACCAAUUUGAAGACUUCAUGGACUGAUAGGAACCCGGCAAGGAGAUAUGUUGAAUGUCCUAAUGGCAAGGUUGAUGGCUGUGGUUAUUGGAAUUGGUAUGAUGAAGAAAUGUGUGAGCGUUCGAAACAAGUCAUACCCGGUCUUUUAAGAAGAAUAAAUAGGGUGGAAAUCGAGAAUGAAACUUUGCGGCAACAAAUUCUCAAGUUGCAAAAGAAAGCUGAGAAAAUGGAGGAUAAAGUAAAAAAUCUGAAGGAGAAGCUUGGAAGAAAGAAUGUGAAAAAAAUGGUCAUUGUUCUUUUUGUUAUAGCCUGGACAAUUGUUAAUGCAUCAAUGUGGAUUUGGGGGCCUAACAAGGGACAGAAGUUUGGAAGGCUGCAAAUUGAUGGCUACUAG